UUUGUGAGAGUUAAUUUACCAUCGAGAUAACCUUUCGUAUCAAAACUUUUUAAUCAUGAGAUCUGUUGCUUUGUUUAUCGUUUCUUACACUAUCAUGUUUCUCGUUCUAAGAGGUGGCCGUAAAGAAGUGGAGGCAGAGGAACUGUGUACAACAACAGGAGACUUGGAUGGUAAAUGUAGCCAAGACGGAGAAAAGUUGUGCAUGAGAUACAUGACCGAUCAAAGUAAAAAGAAGUUUCUUAGUUGCACAUGUAAUAACGUUGUCAUGUUACACAACAAGUACAAACAUUACUGCGAAUGUAAAUCUCAUUGUACUCCAAAAUAACCUUUACACUCCUCAGUCCUUCCUCAAACACCAUAUCUUUACUAAUAAAUAACAAAACU